GAUGUUGCUCAGAGUAGCAUAAGCCAAUCAGGCGCCUUUGUCCUUUUCACUCGCGCUAUGUUCACCGGCUCUUUCCCAUUCAAGAUGUCGGCGACGUCGAUGUUCCCCAUGUGUGUCCGGGCGAGUAGGGGCCUCCUCACGCUCAGGAGCUGGAGCAGACGUGGUUCAACCCCUGCAGUGGUGGACUUGAUUCGGGCAAUUUCCACGGAGAAGCCAACAGGAGAGGGCAGUGCUACAGGUGGACUCGCUCAAGCAAUCUUGCAAGAGAGGCUUAAGCAGCAACAGAAGAGUCAGGGCCAGCUCCCUCCAGAAGGGGAUGGGGACUCGGAACAGAAGCAGGACCAGGGAGAGGACAAGAAACGGAAGGAGAACACAGCCUAUGCCAAGAAGAUGGUGAUGCGGCUAGCAGGCCUGAUGGGGGUAGGGGGUGCGGUCGGCAUGGUGUACGUAUUCGGUAGCAAUUCAGUGGAUGAACAAGGAAACACGAUUCCAGAUGAGUUUGAUAAUGAUGCACCGGUUAUCCAGCAGUUGAGAAGGACGUUGAAGUAUUUCCAAGACUACAGACAGAUGAUCAUUGAGCCCACGAGCCCCAAGCUGCUUCCUGACCCCCUGAGGGAGCCCUACUACCAGCCUCCCUACACCCUGGUCCUGGAGCUCACAGACGUCCUGCUGCACCCCGAGUGGUCGCUGGCUACAGGCUGGCGCUUCAAGAAGAGGCCAGGCAUCGACUACCUGUUCCAGCAGCUAGCCCCUCUCUACGAGAUAGUCAUCUUCACUGCAGAAACAGGCAUGACGGCGUACCCUCUGAUUGACAGCAUCGACCCCCAGGGCUUUGUCAUGUACCGCCUCUUCAGGGACGCCACGCGUUACGUGGAGGGACAUCACGUCAAGGACGUGUCGUGUCUGAACCGGGACACUUCCAAGGUGAUAGUGGUGGACUGUAAGAGGGAAGCCUUCAGCCUGCAGCCUUUCAACGGCAUGGCUCUGACGAAAUGGGACGGCAACUCAGAGGACCGAACACUCUACGACCUAGCUCAUUUUCUCAAGACCAUUGCUCUCAGUGGAGUGGAUGACGUCCGCUCUGUCCUGGAGAACUAUGCACUGGAAGAUGACCCCGUAGAGGCCUUCAAACGCAGACAAGCGCAGCUAGCACAGGAGGAGGAGCAGAGGUUGGCAGAGCUGACCAAGCAGAAGAAGCAGGGCAUGUCCUUGGGCUCCAUCGCCGGAAGGUUCUGGCGUUCCAAACAAGAGUGAGUGGUCCUCUCACUCGCACCCACCAAUCGCAGCCCACCCCUCCAGUGUCAGGCCAAAAGGAUGGCGGGCCACAGUCACUCGGCGGGGUGGGCGGCGGGCGUCUGGACACGUGGGGGAGGAGACAAGGAGGCGAGACCAUCCAAUCAGCUGGACUUUUGACUGUCGCAAGCAUGUCUUUGGGGGGAUAAGCUGGAAAGGAGCAAGGCUCCAAUAGAAUGUUCUGGUACCUCUGUCGGCAGCGACAUCACUUCCUGGAUUCUCAGAUGCUCUGGUGUAGGCAGUGCAGCCCACCCCACCCCCCCCC